AUGUCAGACAACGAGAUCAAAACUCCCAACAAAACCGGCGCAAGCGGUGCCGCCUGGUCUGAAGGCGAGAAAAUCGCAUACCUCAUCAUCCUCUGCGAGAACGAAGGCAAAAUCGACGCUAAGAUCAACAACGCCCCCAUCCCCGCCGGCCGCUCAACAACCUCGUGCAAGAAACUCCUUGUCCGCUUGAAGGAAAGGCACAAAGACGAUAUCGCCAGGAUCAAGAACGGCCAAGCUUUCGCUCCUGCCGCUACUACUGCUGCUACCGACGCCUCGCCCGAGAAACCCAAGGCUAAGGCUACGCAUAGGAAGCGGAAGAGUAAGGCUGAUGUCGAGGCUGGUGCUGGUAACGGCAGCGAGGAUGGAAAGGGUGAGGAGGGUGUGAUGGAGGGUUCCCCGAACAAGAAAGCUACGCCCCGGGGUCGCAAGAAAAAGGUUGAGGUUAAGGCGGAGGUUAAGGAAGAAGAGGGGCUUGUGGAGGAGGAGAUGCUGGAUGAGGAGAUGGUUUGA